CGAUCUUUCGCGCCCUCUCUAUGCUCCUCACACUCUUCCCCUGUAUACAUAGUCAAAUCAUUCUAUACUCCGCAAGAGCAUCCAGGCUACUAUGUUAGAUACCCUCAGCAGAGUCGUGAAAGUCGAGAGGUCGACAACAGAAGCCUUGAAUCUUCGACGCAUAUUUGGAUUGACCUGCGGUGAAAUACGUGGUCUCCACAACUCAGAUUUUAUCGAAUUCGCUGAUGCAGCAGCCGCGAGACGUGCGCUAGCACUCAAUGCGGACGGAGUCCGCGUGUUAAAUGUCGCGUCGCAACCGUGUCUUAUUGAUCAGUAUCGCGUCGUCAAUCCCUCUGCAUUCAACCUGGACGUAUCCUCAAUAAGCAACACUCGUUCCAACACUCUCGUUUCCACAACUGGAUUCAACCCAACCUCCGAUAUUGAAAUCAGCGCCCCUUCAGGCCUUCAUUGCUCUCCACCAUCUAGGCAUCUCCUUCAUUCGCUGAAAACCUGCGAUAGUCCCAUUUCACAGUCAAUGACAUCUCCGCCCGCGAUCGUCUCUUCUUCGUCUGAACACGGGGCUUCUACGCGUCCAAUAGAGAUGCCUGGUCCAUCCAUUCAAAGUCGUGUCAUCUCCAUGCGCCUCUGCGGUGAAACCAUUUCUCUCGAUCUGAAGACGCUCACAGGCGAACCAGCAUCUGUCAUCGAAUUGCUUAGAAUGACAUCAAGUGAUCGAGGGAACUGGAUGACCGUAGGAGCUUAUUAUCGCCACAUCGCUCAUCCAGAAGCCUCGAGAAGCGUUCUCAGUGCGAUGCUCGAAGUGUUUGAGCAGCCCGACACGUCGACCCAUGACCUCAACCCAGUAUUUCUUCUUCUUUCGGGAUGCGAGAUGGACCUUAACAAAGCUGCCCGUCGGAAGGGAAAUGCAGCCAAGGCCGACGAGCACCUCAAAAACGCGCAGAAUUGGCUACAAAGAGUUUACGGGACGUUCUCGCAGUCUUUAUUGAUCGGACCAUCUCUGGGAGAGAAAACGGAGCCGGUGUCCAUUCCAACCGCUCCGCGGUCCCUGUCCCGGUCCCGGAACACCUCGCCGGGAUUGCCCAGUCGUCCUACAUCAGAUUCCCGCAUUUUCGAGAGAGAAAUGCAGUUGCUGCAAGAAAGGCACGCUCAAGACGUGGCUGAAAUAGCUGGCAUGCGCUCAUUGAAACGAAAGCUGGAAGACAUCGUGGAAACGGAAAGACUGGUUCGUCGCAGGCUUCAACGAGACCUGGACAAUAUCUGCAAGGAGCGGGACAGAGCAAGGCGCCUCGAGAACAGUGCCAUCGAACAGUUGGCCAAGGAGGCGGAAUUCCGUAGACGAGCAGAAGAACGUGUCGCAGAAGAACGGCAACUCAGAGAACAGGUUGAACGCUCGAUGGAGGCCAGGUUCCUUCGCCAGUCAACGCACAUCCCUGACCUGCAGUCUCGCACUUGAUUUCGACCAAUUCAUUCAGCAUAGCACGACUACAUAAUAGCAUCAUCAACAUACAUCACUGCAUUCCUUACUGUAUGUACCAGCGAAACCUUUUUUUGGAAGUGCAGACGUGAAAUCAAACGAUUGACAUGUGGCAGUGAGAGGUGUUUGCGGCUGCCAGUCGCGACCACUGAUGGCACGUGGUUCUAUCCAGUCGUCCUCAACAAAAUACAACAAGUCCCGACGUCCCUCCCGCUACCCUCAAAAUGUCGGCAACCACGCUCCCCAAGGAUAUCUCUAAGAUCGGCCAGGAAGUCAAGCUAUUUGGAAAGUGGGAUACUCAAGAUGUCGAAGUGAAGGACAUCUCUUUGACCGACUACAUCCAAACCCGUCACGCCGUGUACCUGCCUCACACCGCCGGUCGUUAUGCGAAGAAGCAGUUCAAAAAGGCCCAGAUGCCUAUUGUGGAGCGAUUGGUAGACAGCCUCAUGAUGAAGGGGCGCAACAACGGCAAGAAGCUGCUUGCCGUCCGCAUUGUCGCACACGCGUUCGAGAUCAUCAACCUGCUCACCGACCAGAACCCGAUCCAGGUUCUUGUGGAUGCUAUUGUGAACACGGGCCCCCGGGAGGACUCGACCCGUAUCGGUUCGCAGGGAACCGUCCGUAGGCAAGCCGUCGAUGUUUCCCCCCUCCGCCGAGUCAACCAGUCGAUCUCGCUGCUAACCAUCGGUACCCGUGAAUCUGCGUUCCGCAACGUGAAAUCCAUCGCCGAAUGCCUGGCUGACGAGCUUAUCAACGCGGCGAAGGGUUCGUCUAACUCUUAUGCUAUCAAGAAAAAGGACGAGUUGGAGCGUGUCGCCAAGUCUAACCGGUAAACUCGUCAGUCGCCGCAUUCCGGGGCAGCGACUUUACUUGGUGUGGUUGCGCGCCUUUCCCUCCGUAUCACUACUUGCAUGCAAUCUAUGAGCCUGUUUAUGCAUAUGACGGAAUGCCAUUUCGUUUCCCUUCUCUGUAA